AUGCCAACUGAACAUCAACAACCGGUGGAUCCAUCACAUCUUUUGAAUUCGUCUAAAUUUUUAGAAAGUCUUCGCAAACUACAUAUUGAUUCAUUUCUACAAGAAAUCAGUAAUAAACCACUUGAGCCAUUAGUUUACGCACAUUCGGAUAAUAAAAUCUCCUUUGUUCUAAAUCUUUUACGAAUUCAUAAUAUAAUCUCGAUACCAGUAUUUGAUAAUUACCAAAAUAAAUUUGUUAGUAUCGUUAAUGUGGUCAACAUCAACAGAUAUUUAAUGUUGAAAGAGGUUUUUAGUAGAAUGGAUGCUAAGGAAUCUGCUCAUGAUUAUAUGAGCAAGGAAGUAAAACAAAAAAUUACAAAUGUUUACGAAAAACCAAUCAGUGACUUGAUUGAUGAAAUGAAUUUAGCAAAUAAUUUUAAAAUUUAUCACAAAUCCGAACCACUUAUCGAUGGAUUAGAAGCGAUGGGCACACACGAAAAUGUUUAUGCUAUUUUAGCUUCGACGUCAAACAAUAAAGAAAUUAUGGCAAGUGAUGUUCAACAUGCUGCCAUUAUUACCCAAUGGGAUGCGAUCGAUUACUUUCUUAAAAAUCCGGUUUUGAAAGAAGCUCAGAAGGAUGGUGCUUUGGAUUGGCCAGCUAAUAAAGUUAUGCAACGAUCUUGGAUCACCUUUACCAAAAAAGAUGAUCCGAAUCAACCUUCUCGUAGAUUUAAUUUCGAACGUAGAGAUUCAUCAUCAUCAUUUUUCACAUCACCUGAACGUAGAGAUUCAUUAAGAGAAGCAUUAUUUGCACCUGAGCGCAAAAAUUCGUUCUCUUUUGAUCCGCAACUUGCAUAA